CUCCUGAUCGCUGCCUCGGGAAUCCAACAAAAUACCUGGCUGGUUUCUUCUCGCGGUAGGUGGCUUAGGUAUCUUACAAAGCACUUACGUUGCCGGUGCCAGUUGCUCGCCGGAGGCAUUUGGUAUGCCCCUCGAGUUUGUAGAGGUGAUUGCCAAGCCUAAAGUCAUGGAUGCUUUGUUGGCCGUCGAAGACAGUUAUCCUCGCGUAGGUAGAAGUUUGCUACCUAUUUUCUUCGCGGAGUUGAAUGAGGAGGAAACGGAAAGGUGGAAAUAUUACGAAGAUAGGAGUAAAACAGAAAGAUUAAAGAAUAAUAAUUAGCAUUAUCAGGACCAAGAAAGAAGGCGGUUUUAUUAAUUCAAAG